GUUUGUAUAUCUCCUGAUUUAGGAGAGUGAAAAUACUGAUUGCAAGUGGAACCUCCUCAAUCAGCCUGGUGGAUGUCUUUGGGAACAUAAGAAGUCAUGGCAGAAAAUGAUGCAACACCAACCUUACCCAAAAAGUGUGGCCCAUACAUUUCAUCUGUAACCAGUCAUGGCAUGAAUUUGGUAAUUCGGGGGAUAGUGCUGUUUUUUAUUGGCGUGUUCCUUGCAUUAGUAUUAAACUUGCUUCAGAUCCAGAGAAACGUUACCCUCUUCCCCCCUGAUGUGAUCACAAGCAUCUUCUCCUCAGCUUGGUGGGUGCCACCUUGCUGUGGCACAGCGUCAGCUGUGAUUGGGUUAUUGUACCCAUGCAUGGACAGACAUCUGGGAGAGCCACAUAAAUUUAAGAGAGAAUGGUCCAGUGUCAUGCGAUGUGUAGCAGUCUUUGUGGGAAUAAAUCAUGCCAGUGCUAAGGUGGAUUUUGCCAACAAUAUCCAGUUGUCUCUCACAUUAGCAGCCCUGUCAAUUGGACUGUGGUGGACGUUUGAUAGAUCACGAAGUGGCUUUGGUCUUGGAGUAGGAAUUGCUUUCCUGGCCACGUUGGUGUCACAACUUCUGGUCUACAAUGGAGUUUAUCAAUACACGUCUCCAGAUUUCCUUUAUGUUCGUUCCUGGUUGCCAUGUAUAUUUUUUGCUGGUGGAAUAACUAUGGGCAACAUUGGCAGGCAGCUGGCAAUGUAUGAAUGCAAAGUCAUUGCAGAGAAGUCUCACGAAGACUGAGGAGAAACAAUAUGCACCUUUUAAACAGGAAAAUACCUGACAAAUGACUGUUGGAGGAGCAUAAGGAACACUUGACUAUGAAAUUGCCAAAAUGCAAUUUUAUUCCCUUGAGUGGUAUACUUUACUGCAAUCUGUGAUUGCUGCUUCUGUAGAAACUUUGAUGUCUGAUUUUGAUUACUGUGAAAUUACAAUAGUAUGCAAUACAUUUGACAAUGUAGGUUCAAUUCUAGGAUUCCUUUUUCCAAAUCUAAACUUCAUUUACCAUAAAUUCUUGCCUGUCCAUAACGUUGCAGUGCCAAACUGAACAUUUGCACUACGUUUUUGUAGCUGAAAUUUCUGCUUCAGUUUAUCUCAAAAGUUUGGAAGAAUUUGUUCUUAAUAGCUCAGUGAAAAGCAGGGAAUUCAAAUCUGGGAAUGAAGAUCUUUUUCUACGAUGAUAGCCCAUCAUAUCUUUGUGAAAAUCAUGCAUUACAGGUGAGCUUUAAUGCAAUAAGUAACUGAUUUCUGCCUGUUAA